UUAAGAAAGAGUGCUGCACAGAGAACAAGAAAGCCAACACCGGCGGAGACGUUUCAUUGUUUUUUUUAUUCACCGAGUCAGUAAAAUUGUUCCGGGAAAGUGUUAAGAAAACCAGGGCGAUUUUUUUCAUCGAGCUCGGAGAUUCACUUUGCUGUUGGAUGCAGAGCUGAGGUGAAAGAUGACUCAGUUUCUGCCCCCAAACCUGCUGGCACUAUUUGCCCCGCGGGAUCCGAUACCGUUCCUGCCUCAGUUGGAGAAACUUCCUCAUGAAAAGCAUCAUAACCAGCCUUACUCGGGCAUCGCUCCCUUCAUCAAGCACUUCGAGGAUCCUAGAGAUGCUCCACCACCAACAAGAGCUGAAACGCGAGAGGAGAGACUGGAAAGAAAGAGGCGUGAGAAGAUGGAGAGAAGGCAAGGAGUCGUAGAAACCGAGCUGAAGUUAUGGGAUCCUCACAAUGACCCAAACGCACAAGGAGACGCUUUCAAGACCUUAUUCGUAGCUCGUAUUAACUACGAUACUACAGAGUCCAAACUGCGUCGUGAGUUUGAGGUCUAUGGCCCCAUCAAACGAAUCUACAUCGUGUACAACAAGAGGACAGGAAAGCCACGCGGCUACGCCUUCAUCGAGUAUGAACAUGAGCGAGACAUGCACUCGGCCUACAAGCAUGCGGACGGUAAGAAGAUUGAUGGGCGCAGAGUUCUCGUUGAUGUAGAGAGAGGCCGCACCGUGAAAGGGUGGCACCCUCGUCGGCUGGGUGGAGGUCUGGGUGGUACCAGGAGAGGUGGAGCAGAUGUUAACAUAAAGCAUUCCGGUAGAGACGACGCUUCCCGCUAUGAUGACCGACCUAUUGGGAGCGAUCGGGAUCGUGAGCGUGGAGAACGGCGCGAGCGGAGCCGGGAACGCGACAGAGAAAAGGAGCGCGGCGAACGCCGACGCUCUCGCUCACGUGAAAGGCGGAGACGCACCCGGUCACGGGAGCGUGAAAGGGCGCUGGGAGGAGGAGGAGGAGGAGGGGGAGGUGGAGGUGGAGGAGGACCACCAGAGGAGAGCGGCAGCCGACGCAGGGACCGAGAAAGGGAGAGGGGAGAAGCGGAGGUCAAGCCACGAGAAAGAAGCCGAGAGCGUGACCGCGAAAGAGAUCGCAAAAGGAGAAGCAGGAGCAGGGAGAGGAGGAGAGACAGGGAUAGGGGAAAAGGCGCAGAGGGAGGUGAAGAGGGCGCAGGCGGGCUGACCGACGGCAUAAUGGGAGAUGGAGGAGAGAGAGGGAUCGAAGAGCCUGCUGUUAAUGAACAGGAGGGAGGACCAGAGGGAGAAGAGCGAGGAAGAGAUAGAGACAGAGAGAGGGACAGAGACCGCGAUAGGAAGCGUAGUCACAGAGAUAAAGACAGGGACAGGGACAGAGAAAGGAGGCGGGAUCGAGACCGUGACAGAGAUCGUGAGCAUAAGCGUGACAGGGGCGACCGCGAGCGCCGAGAGGAUCGACACAGCUCUCUGCUUCCCCCUAUGGGUGAGAACGAAGGCCUGGGGAACGGAGAAGAAGGGGACGGGUCUCUCCCACCGCAGAUGGAAGAAGGUUCACAGGAUGGGUUGAACGCCAUGAUGAUGGACCAGGACUCCAUGCAGUCCGGAGAGGGUUACGUGUCUAAUGAGAACGGCUACAAGAUAGAGCCCCAGGGUGAUGAGUACUAAUCAGUGUGGGCGAGUUUGUCACAUGCAGAAAUAAUAAUUAAUAAAAAUAAUUCCCUCUGACUGUCUGUUAACGUGUCUGGGGGGGGAAUUACUCCGAGUGUCUGUUCAAUCAGCUCCAUCAGAGCAUGACCUGUCCACCAUGAGCCUCUGUGCUGAUAUAGGAAUAGCUGAACUGUGAUUUAUAUAUGGAUUUUUUUUAUUAUUAUUAUGCCACCAAAUAGUUAUGGCAGAAAUUGACUACAAUGAAAGCGCAUUGCAAGACUCCUGUUUUUUUCCGUAAGAACAUCACCACAGUAUAAAAUUGGUAUUUUGAUUAUAGCGAUUGUCACACUGAACCAAAUUUAUGUUCCAUUUAUUAUCUUGGUUGUUAAUUCAUUAACCCCAAGCGUCCUUUCAGUGUAAGAUAUGUUUAAGGUUGUUGAUUUUUUUUUUUUGUUGAAAGGUAUCGAGUGCUUCAAAAGCUUCAUCAUGUACAGCUCUGUCCUGUUUUGAGGAUCAUAAAGAAUGGAGAAAGGGGGAAGAAAAAAGAUUUGUGCUUUUAACUGAGAAUAUGUUGCCAUAGGUUCACAACAGGUUACUUCUUUUUUUUUUUUUUUUUUUUGUAAUUAGUCUUUGUUUAAAAAAAAUUACAGAAGCUUUUGUGAACCACCAUCUCUAGUGACAUUCGUUUUUGGGCUUCUGUUUUGUGUAUUGGUUAUCUUUAAUAAAUUUGCUUUUUUUUU